UGUGACAUACAUCAUGGAUGAGUGUGUGUGUAUGCUCAAGGGUCUCUAGUCUGGUGAUGGUGUUAGCAACCAUCAACAAGUCCAGUCUACACGUGUAUGGAUUGGUGUGGAUAGAGGCACUUGCUCUCUGUGAUAGAGGGAGGGGUAGCACUGUUGGGCCAUCCAUGGGACUUGGGGAAAACUUAGUUCUCAUCUGAUGCGAAAGGUUCCUCAAGGCUCAAGUCGACUUGAAAGUCACCUCGUCUCAGAAUGGUAGAUGUUUCAAGACGCUGACUGUGCGGCAUCUUGGGGCCUUCCGGAAGAGCUCAUCAAUGUUCUUUCGUGGGAUGUAAAUGCGUAAUGUGGCCUUAACUAAAGUCUGGAGAGUUGUCUUGCCAUCCAACGCGGCUGUAAAUGUUCCCCAACGAUCCAUCUCAACCAAUCUUUAAAAUUACUGAACUGAAAUCGUGACAUCAAUUGUUAGCGAAUUCUCAUCGAAACUUUCAGGGUUGUUUUUCAUCUCCUGAAAUUUUGAUUCCUGUGAAGCGUGAGGAAAGCGUCUGUCGUCAUCAUGACGUUCGCCGGUCCGCCUUUCAACAUGCUGAAUUUAAUCCCCGGUCCAGUCUGCGGACACAGAUCCAACAAUCCUCAUCCUAAAGCAGACUUCUUGAUGCCCACGAAUCUAGUGCAGCAGGACAAGGAGCAGAUGUUGAGAGCUAGAGUAACCCAAGCAGUGCAUCAGUAUAUGGAUAAGAUGGUUCGAACUGGGAGGGACCCCCUCAAAGAAAUGGAACAACCCAAGCGAUCCAAGAGUCCUACGCACAGCGUGUAUAACAGAGCCCCAAAGGUUGACCUUUUGGAAGGCUUUGUCAAACCGACCGUUAAGAUGCUGGACAAAGUCCGGAAACAGGACCGGAAACAGUUGAAGAGGGAACGUGGAAACAGUUACAAGAAAGCAUCCAAGUCUUACGGAGAUGUCCCGGAUGUAGUGGAGGAGGAACAAGAUGGAGAACAGGAGAUUGUUGUCAGAAUACCGGCCAAGGUUCACAACCAGUCCAAGGGGAUCCGCUAUCGGGUGGUUCGACAACCUGACGCGCCGGUAGAACAGUGGGUUUCUUACAGAGGUAACAUCCCGGGACCAACUGGCGUGAAGAGAGCACACACCCCACCGACGCCUCCCCCGGACGCCGCCCGUAGACCACGGUCCGUCCCGGUGGUCCAACAGAAGCAUCUUCGGAGUAAAUCGGCACCACUGCUUGACAAGUCUGAUGAUACCGUCGACGAUGAGCAGAAUGAGGAGGAUUGGGAGGAUAUUGACGGGGGAAUAGAGGCUGAGAGACCGGUGUCUGUCAAGCUUCAGCGUCCGAAGACAGCUGGCCCCGUACUCGCUCGUAAGAUGAUGGUGCAUCCACGCAUGAAGAACUGGAUCGAAGGAGCAACAGAUUACGAAAAGGAGGUGGCUUUCAAUCUUCUCAAGACUCUCGACGGAGGCGGACAACCACCCCUCCCGGACGAUCUGCGAACCACAAACCGCCCAAGUCAGAAACAGAAGAGUAUUAAGGCAAACAGGAUACCCCAGGCAACUCAUAUGUACGUACCCCCAUCGCCAACUUCCAGGAAGCCCGUUCCCGAACGGGAAGGCAAGAUGGACGCCACAGCCAGAGAAUGGAUGCGACAGGUGGAACAGAAAAUCUAUGAGAGAUCCGAAACGCCUGUUGCGAGAAACUACGCCCAGAAGAUUGAGCUCCGCCCCACCGUCCGCCGUCAGCCACGCCCCAAAUCCCUGGGUGACUACACCCAUGAGAACAGCUUCUUCAGAUUCUCCCAACCUUCCUAUCGACGUAGUUUCGUCAUCGCCCCUGAUUGGGUGUCUGAAACACUGUCGCGACGCAGAGCGCUCAAGGAAAACCCCAAAGCCAAUCAGCUGCGGUAUGGCUCGGCCUGAUUUGCAAGCAUUUGCAUGAUAUGUGCAUACACGAGCAAUAAAUGUAAGACUGAAGGUAACAGUACUUGUAAAAGUGACACGUAACCAAAAGAGAAACAUUGCAGCUGUUUUAUGGAGAUGGAAUAAAAAUAGCAGUUCACGUAAUCAAUUAUAUAGAAAAUAAAA